AUGAAUGCUGAGCAGCUGGAAGAACUAGAGGCACUUCAGUUCAUGCUUAUGGAAGGAGAAUUUGUCAGACAGGAUGGGAAUUUAUUAGAGCUCCAAAUCCCAAUCCCACAGCUAGAAACUCGACCAUUUAUCAGCUUUGAAAUCAUUUGGCCAGAAAAUUACCCGACAAAUCCUUUGAUUUUCACUAUUUCAGACAACCGGCUGAGCCAAAAUACAAAGGAUGAUCUUACUCAAAAAAUUGCAAAAAUCGUAUUAUAAAAGUAGGCUGAAGAAAACGCAGGAGGUCCAGCUACUUUUAAUGUGUAUGUCUCGCUAAAAGACAAUUUAGAUAACUGAGGAAUCGUUGAUGAAUUAUUAAAUCCAGUUAUUGAUGAAUAUGAAGAAGAAUUUGUCAGUAAGCCAAAACAGUCUGGUUUAUCGAAAUCUCAAAAGCGAAAACAAUAUAAGUUUAUGAAUGCUAAUGGUGAGCUUCAAAGAGGGCAUGAUUGGGUUGAUAUAAUUUCACAUGUAAAUUCUAGCAUAGUUAUCAAAAAAAUAA